AGCUGGGCGCAGUUUGCGCCGCGCCCGUGCCGUGCCUUCCGCGGGCGUCGCUGCUCGUGAUCGCGACGCGAGGGCUUUGUUUGUGGUAUGAUCCCCGCACGCGCGUCUCCAGCAGCCCCCGCGCAACGGGCCGGGGGCGGACAGGGGGAUCGACCAGGCGGAUCGAUCCGCUUAUAGCUCCGGCCGCGGGCAGGGGAGAAACGGAGAUGAGAGGGGCCGCGCGAGAGGAUGCCCGCCCACGCGCGCGUGGAAGACGCUGCCUCCUAUAUAUACCAGGAGGGCUCGCGCAUCCGCCCAGGCGCGCACCCUUCGUUUUCCCCAGAUCGACGAACAACGGACCAAGUCAGGGCGGGCUGCCUCCGAUUCGUCUCGUCGCGAGUCGACGACGACCCUUGCGGAUCGGCCGGCUCUGCAUCUCGUCGACUUUGUAACAGGAUCGCUGCACGUACGGCAUUCGGCAUCACGAUCUCGUGAAAGAUCGUGAGGCAUUCUCCUGAAGUUAUUAGGCUCAGUUGGACUGUGAACAGAUGUCGAGCAAGUCUGACAACGGAACCAAUGAGCAGUUGGUGGACGAAUAUUAUGACCAAGACGAGGACGACCUAGGUGACUUCAUUGUGUAUAGCGACGACGACGAUGAGUCGUUGAAGCACAAGCAGCACCAGCAGGAGAUGGAGGAUGAGCAACAGCAGGAGGAUGAGAUGGAACAGCAGCAGCAGGAGGAUGAGAUGGAAGAGGAAAUCGAAGAGGAGGUAGAGGUUGAGGAAGAAGAGGAGGCACCAGUUGGGCAGCAAGAGAUCCUCAGCCUGAGGGAGCAGUUAAAGGAGGAAAUCAGAAGGAAGAACGCGGCAAUGGUCCCCAGCGCUCACAAACCUGAUUUAUCGUCACCAUCCAAGAACCAGACGAUGCCAACCGUCAAUGACGGAUACGGCACCUUCUUUGGGCCAUCAAAGCCAGUGCUUGCUCGCCGAGUCAUCGAAGAAGGGUGUUCAUCAUCGAUGAUGAAAGAUCUACAGAAUAUACCGUCGUCCAAAAGAGAUGUUUCCUUGGCUUCGAAGAUGCGACCAGGUGCGGUUCAGAAUGUGCAGAAACAAAAGUUUGUUAGCGAGGAGAAAAGAAAGGCCGACACACUCCGAAAGAAUCGAGAUUACUCGUGUCUGUUCUCAGAUGAUGCUGAUACUCACCCCCCUACUGAAGGUCAUCCUAGUAGUAGGGCCUCUCUUGCUCUCAAAUCUGAGGCUCAAGAUGGUGGGCCGGUGAAUGCCAGGAAAGGCACAGCUCAACCUGCCACAUUAUCUCUCGGAAAGAAGGCUCAUGCAGAAAGAAAAGGCACUAUAGCUUCUGGUAGAAACAGCCUGCCUAAUAACUUGAAGAAGAAAUCUCCAGGUUUGCUAUCAUCCUCGAAAAGCCAAGAGCUGCAGCCGUCACUCCAUAACAAGAGGCUGCAGGCAUCGAUUCCUGGCCAGAAACUGCGGCAGCAAUCGCAGAGUCAUCAGAGGCCGCAAGGCAAUGGACGUCAGCCACCGUUGCAAGGUCGACGUCUACAAGGUCAGCUCAUUGGUCAGAACAGAUCGGCUGCGCAAAACGCGAGAUUGAAAUCAGCACAAAAACAGCUCAUCCAUUCCUCAGAAUUCAAGGCCUCUCGUGGAGUAGAAAAGUAUACAGUAAAAAGAAGGAAAUCCAGUGAUGACAGACAAAUAAUGCAUAGCUAUCACAAAUUUGCUGGCAGCGACGAUGAAGACGAGAGUGACAUGGAAGCUGAUUUUGCUAGCAUACAAAGGGAAGAAAGAAGAAGCGCGGCACUUGCAAGGAGAGAGGACGAGGAGCAGCUCCGGUUGAUCAAGGAGGAAGAGAGGCGCGAGCGCGCGAACAAGAGAAAAAGAGCAGCACAAAAGGAGAGUAGGAGUUAGUUAGAAGCUGCCAGUUCUUAAAAUCAUGUAUUCUAAGAUGUGGCCAAAGGUUAAGUUAUAUUGAUAUGGUAGUCUAUCAUGUAGUUUAUUGACUUAUUCCCAGUGGAAGAAAAUCUACCUAUAUGUAGCUACGUGAUGCCAACAUGUACGGACUAGGCCAGACCUAGUUGGCCAACUACUCAGAACAAAUAUAUGAAGAGUCUAUAAUAGAAAAAAAAAUGGAUCCAUCAUACAAAUAGAGAGGGUGCUCGAGUUUGUUCACACCUCUCACUCUCCGAUCCAUUUGUCUUCUUUCAU